AUGUGGGAAUUGCAGUCAGCUGCCAUAUUUGCUAAGUUCUUUGCCACCCUCUUCUAUGUCUUCUUCAGUUUGGGGGCCUUGCUGCGUUGGUCCCCUGGCCCCCUCCAUGUCUUGCUGGUGGCUAUCACCUUUGGCCUGGGCCUGGAUACUGUGCAAGCUGUGGGCCACAUUAGUGGAGCCCAUGUCAAUCCUGCCGUCACUUUGGCCUUCCUUGUGCGCUCUCCGCUGUCGGUACUCUGUGCUUUCUGUUACAUGGCAGCCAAGCUCCUGGGAGCCGAGACUGGAGCUGCUUUGUUGUAUAGUGUUACACCAUCAACCAUCAGAGGAAGCCUAGUGCUUAACAUGUUACAUCCUGGGGUGAGUGUGGGCCAGGCCACCAUGGUAGAGAUCUUCCUGACACUCUAGUUUGUGCUCUGCAUCUUAGCCACAUACGAUGAGAAGCAGAACGGCCAUCUGGACUCCAUGUCCUUGGCUACUGGCUUCUCCCUCACCCUCGGGCACUUCUUUGGGAUGUAUUACACUGGUGCAGGUAUGAACCCUGCCCGUUCCUUUGCUCCUGCCAUUCUCACCCGAAACUUCACCAACCACUGGGUAUACUGGGUGGGCCCCAUAAUCGGAGGGGGCCUGGACAGCCUCCUCUAAGACUUUCUCCUUUUUCCUCUGCUCAAGAGUAUUUCUGAGAGACUCCUCAAGGGAGACAGACCCAGCAACCCCAACAAACAACCAGAAGAUACAGGGGAACCUGUUGAACUGAAGACUCGACCCUAUAAAAACACCAGCUGGCUAGCGGGGAAGCAUCUGGGUUUACAAGGAGGAGCUGGGCCAGGCCCUAGUUCAAGAAAGUAUGGGGAGGGCCAUGUUCCUCUUUACUUUUAA